GCAUACAGUUUGAAGUAAGCCAACGAAGCGUACGGACGUGCGCAACCAAACAGAGCAGCAAACCAGAACAAAGUGAACGAACCCAAAUUGCCGCAUAUUUGACGUGUGCGUAAACAGCAGCAGCAGCAGUAAUAACAACAACAAAGAAUUUGUGUAGUUAAUUUAUUCAUUGUGUGCGUUGACGUGCGAAUCUGCAAAGAGAAAGUCUUGAGUCAUCUGCAGAAGAAAGACAUACAUUAAUAAUUACAAACAAUUGUGCAAUUGGAAACAAAGGAACAAGUUUCCUUUGAUAGCAUCAACAACAACAACAACAACAACACCAACAAAUUCAUCACAUCUCCGAUCUUGACAAUGGCUGUGGCCUUCUACAUACCCGACCAGGCAACGUUGCUGCGCAAGGCUGAAGAGCAGGAGCAGCAGCUGUUGCGCCUACGUCACUGGCAAAUGGCCACAAUGGUGCUGAACACCAUUCGCCAGAUGAUGGAUUCGACGGCAAGUCAGUGCCUGCAGCGAGCGGGACGCAAGUGCGGCAAGUGGCGCAAACCAUCGCAAUAAAACAGAAACGCAGCCUUGAGUAAACCACAAACAUCUACUACAAUCUACUACUACGGCAACCACAACUACAACUACAACUACAACUGGAACAACAACUACUACAGUCAACACUCAGUACAAGCACAAGGAACAACAAGUUGCCGUCGGAGUACUUCACCGACGGCAAAAGAACAAGUGAAGUCUUUAUGAUUUUCCUUAAAUCAUUUUUCCAAAAUUACAACAAACAACCCCUCUUAAGUUUACUCAUCAAAGCGAUUGUGAUAAUGGUUUUGUUUCUACCCAGCAACAAGAAGAGCAUCGAUGACAUCAAGAACAUAUAGCUUCGAUUUAGCAAUAUUUGAUUUUUGAUAUAUGUAUAUUUAAAUCUUAUUAUCGAAACACUUAUGUAUUAGUUUGUAAGUUUUUUUGUAAGCGAGAAAAUUUUUGUAAAAGCUGACAAAGAGAUUAUACAGAAUCCCGAUAUAAUUAUUUAUAAGGUUUGCUGAAAAUUGCAUCAAUUUUUUGUCAAACAAAAAAACAAAAU